UCCGCGCAGGCGCGUUGUAGAAGAGGCGGUCCGUGCCAGGCGCUGGGGCGCAGGAGAGCCCCCUUCCCCUCCUUUCGGCCCUCGCGUCUCUCGCCCCCUCCCUGCGGGGCCCCCGGACUGGGCGCGGCGAUGGCGGACGAGGAGCUGGAGGCGCUGCGCAAGCAGAGGAUGGCCGAGCUGCAGGCCAAGCACGGGGAUUCCUCUGGUGAUACAUCACAACAAGAAGCAAAGCAAAGGGAAGCGGAAAUGAGGAAUAACAUUUUGGCUCAGGUUUUGGAUCAGGCAGCCCGUGGCAGACUAAGUAAUUUAGCACUUGUUAAGCCAGAAAAGGCCAAAGCGGUUGAGAACUAUCUCAUACAGAUGGCAAGGUUCGGACAGUUAGGUGGGAAGGUAUCAGAUCAAGGAUUGAUAGAAAUACUUGAAAAAGUGAGUCAGCAAACCGAAAAGAAAACAACGGUAAAGUUCAACAGAAGAAAAGUAUUGGAUUCUGAUGAAGAGGAAGAUGACUGAAGAUGGUUGCCAACUGCAAAUCAUCCCGAAGAGGUCGAGGAAAGUAUACUGUCCUGACAGAAGCAUAAAUGAAAAGUUUACAUGUUUUUUCUGUACCUUUUCUUUUUUUUUACACAAAGGGCAAACAAAUCUCUAUAUAAUAAAAUGAAGUGAAAUGGUUUCCUUAGGCCGUUUUUAUAGCAAGGGCUGAGGGGAUUUGCGGACCGUCUCCAGGGCUUUGCCUUUCUUAUGUAGCACAUACACCAUACACACAUACUGCCAUUGGCACCUAUAAACAGUUUGCUUCUACAGUCAUCUGAUGCACCAUACCAGAAAGGGGAGUGAAUGAGUCACAGACAUUUCAGUACAGUUAUAUCUGCAGCUAAAUAAAUCUGAGAAUUUUUAUCUGUAUAUAUGAGAAGAGAGGGAAUAAUCAGAUAGGAUCUAAUAUGUGCAUAAUAUUCAUAAUAUCUUUACUAGAUUUAAGGAAACCCGGAACAGGCAAUGGAAUUGUACAUAUCCUGCGGCCUCUCCUCUCAGGAAUAAAUUUGGCCUAUUCCUUCCCUGAGUAGUUGCGGUGAUUAUUACUAACCAGGGUUCGCAAACGACAGCAAAUCCUUGUUAGCAUUGGCUGUGGUAUAAAGGGUGCAGGCAUUUUGCACAACUGAACGUUGAUGCCUUGCAGAAAGAAAUGCAAGGAAUAGUAGUUGGCAAGCAAAAAAUAUGCGGCUCUAGGAGAGAUUCUUGAUCUUGCUGGAUGUUCUGUUGCAGACCCCUGCAUUAGAAGAUACAUUUUUGACUAGCUAAUGAUGUUUUGUUCUUUCUGUACAGAAGGGAGAUGUUGAAUGGUUCUACCUUCUGGUGUGAACCUGGCCAAAAUUAAGUAUUUAGUCCUGUUGCCUUUAAUCUCUUCUCCAUUAUAUCAAUGGAUCUUAAAAGGCUGAGCUAUGACAGGUUUGCAUUCAGGGUGUUCAUCGUUGUACCACAGAACUAGGUAGGCACUGAAGCUACCUCACUUUUUCAGACAUACAGAACUGGUUCUUCACUAGCCCCAAUCCUCUUACAUGCAUGAUGCCACUGUGACUUAUUUUAUGUAGUGCUUUUGUGUGUGCUGUAAGAAGUGUGCGAUAACACAUAUAUUGUGAAGCAGCCUAUGUGAAAAAAGGUGGAGGGGGAAUUAUUUGAUUUUUACUUGUGGAGGUGAAGUAUAUAAUAGAGCUAUGAAACAGACAUUAAAAACUUUGUGUAAAGAAAA